GCGUAGCUUAUGGAAAUUUUUUUUUAACAACAAUAUAUAACAAUAAAUGCUAUAUUGUAGCAUGAUAUCGAGAACAAUGUUCAUGUUUAAAAUUUUGGGUAACGAUCAUAUCGACGGUAUCGAUAAAGAGUAAUACUCGAAAUAUCAAUGGACUUUUUUUCUGAUGGUUGUCGUCACUGGACCCAAUUGCUUUCUAAGUUUGGCAUCUCUGCGAAAAAGGCAUGCUUGCUGUCUUGAAACGGCAAUAAAAUGAAAUAAAACGGAAUUUGCAAGGAGAUUUUAACUGUGCAGCAUUUAGGUAGUAAUUUAUGUCCAAAAUUAAUCAAAUAACACACUAUCUGUUGUCGCCGUCACUAUGAUUAGUAUUAUUUCUACAGACCGAACUUGAACGGAAGCCUUAUUUUGAAUGUUGAAUUUUGGAUGAGAAAUACUUUUCUUUUACGAUUGCUCUAGUGGUUCGUCAGACAAGGUAUUUGCCUGCUACGUCACAUGUUGUGCAAAUUGGUUGAAAGUAGUACAGCAGGACUCAAAAACUACGUGGUGUUAAAAUCAUUUGGUGCACCUAACCUCACUUUCUCUCUUAUACCAGAAAAAGAAUAUGUCAGUUUAAUCAUUAUAAAGCAGUUACGUUAGCAGUUAAUCCACUCGGUUUAAUUCGCUCAAUAACAUCUAUAUCUGCUGCGUGCGAAGAGAGGGAUGCCACGCAGCAAGCGUAGAGCGCCCUCUAGCACAAAUCACCAUCACACAUCAAUUGAUAUGUCACCUAGUGCCCAUGAAGAGGGUUUACCAAGACAUCCAUCAAAACGAUUGCGCCAUACGUCUGGAGCAAGGCGAUACACAAAAACAGAAGAUGUCUCCAGUGCAUCAUCAUUUUCCCAGAAACGAUGUAUAACUUGGUUUAGAGAAUAUACAACACCAGAUGAUUCAGAUACUCUUGGCCCUGAAGGAAUGGAGAAGUUUUGCGAAGACAUUGGAGUUGAACCUGAAAAUGUAGUUAUGCUAGUUCUCGCCUAUAAAAUGAAUGCUCGUCAGAUGGGGUUUUUCACUUUGAGCGAAUGGUUAAAAGGUCUUUCGGAGUUACAAUGUGAUUCCAUAUAUAAAAUACAACAAAAGCUUGAGUACCUAAGGAACCAGUUAAAUGAUCCUCACAUUUUUAAAGGAAUUUAUAGAUAUGCCUAUGAUUUUGCUAGGGAUAAAGAUCAACGUAGUAUGGAUAUGGAAACUGCUAGAGUAAUGUUACAAUUACUUUUGGGAAAGCAUUGGCCGUUGUUUACACAGUUUGCUCAGUUCCUAGAUCAAUCCAAGUACAAAGUAAUCAAUAAAGAUCAAUGGUGCAACAUUUUAGAAUUUUCUCGUACAAUCAAUCAUGACUUAUCUAAUUAUGAUUUAGAUGGAGCGUGGCCUGUAAUGCUUGAUGAAUUUGUUGAAUGGUUAAAAAUGCAGAGAGGUGAGGAUGCAUCAUCGACAGAAGCAAGGGGUAGCUGAAACAUUCUAUUAAAAUAGUCCACUAAAGUAAAAAACUCAUCUCCGUCACGAUAUUUGUUAAUAAUGAAAUUUUCGUUAAGUUAUAACUCACGGCAUUUUAAUUACCAUCAUUCGUGGUGUACUAUUUUUUUAUUAAACAAUAUUAGUGCAUUGUAAGUAGCUCAUUCUAUAAUUUUUUUGCAACAGAUCUUAUGAAGACUGUUUAACAAAUCUUCAUAGAUUUAUUUUGAUUGCUUACCGCCAUUCGCAGUUUAUCCAGAGUUCGUAGCAGAAACUUUUCGCUUCAAAAUAAAAUUAUUUUAAUAUAAAAAUUAUUUGUGCAAUUCGUAAGAGAUAAUUGAACAUAUUAAUAAUCUAAAAAGCAACACUAAUUGGCUGUUUCAGCAUUGACUUAAUAUCAUUGUAAAUAUUUUAUUUCCUGAAUAUAAUAUGUGCAACUGCAUGAAUUCAUAUAAACAGAUAAGUAGAAGUAAUUUGUCUAUACAUUUUUAAUAUUUCUGUCUAUAAAUAUAGAAUCCAUACCAAUAUUUUAUUUUAUAAAUUAUGCAGCUAAAUCUAUACAUUAUCCGCAACAGUUUUUGAAUUUAAAUAUGUAUAAUACAGUUAGGCACAUUUAAUAAAUGUAUUAACAUUAUCAAGUAGGUUCAGAAAUCAAUUAAGAAAUUUUGCCCUGUACUAGUGCUAUUACAGCAUUUGGUAUUCAAAAGGCAGUACCACAAAGUGUCAAUACAAUGUGCUAUUAACUAAGUAGUUCCUGCGGAUGCUACCUAUAUAAAUGUAAAUUAGAAUAAUGAGCUCUUAUUAAAAUAUCAUAUUUAUUAAAGGCAAUUGAAUUCCGAUUUUUUGGAUCAUUGAUAUGAAUGUUAACACCUGCACUUAAUUUGAUUAUUUUAGUAUGGACAGUGGUAUUUAGAAAGAGAGAUUUAAAGUUUAUAUAAAUGUAUCAAUUAUAGUAAUAAUAACAAAUAUUUAAUUUUCAUAUGUUCUAUACAUAUGAAUCAUGUUUGUUCUUACAAUUUAAAAUAGUAUUUAUUAAAUCACAUAAUGUGUAAAGCAUAUACAUUUUUAAGUAAAUUGAUGUAAUGAGAAUCUUCAAUGUUUAUCAAACAAAAGAAAUUCAUAUCAUUACUCAUAAUUGUGGAAUUAUUGCAAAUUUAUAUUUAAUUUAGUAUUAUUGCAUAUAACUUAUGAUUUAUAAUACUGUAAUGAUCAAUCUUAAAAUACAGUGAUAUAAAUUUUUACUGCGAUUUUCAUCGAUGAUUAUGUAUGAUAAUCAUUUAAUCAACUAUGUCAAAAUAUUUGAUUGAUAAACAAAUAAUUCUUUCGGUUCAAUCAGUGAGAUUUUUGAAUGCAAUCCACAUUCAGGCUAAUAUCUAAUAAAUCAAAUUUAUCAUACAUAGCAAUAUCAUAUAAUUAACACUAUUAUGAAAUUAGUUGAAUAAUUAAAUUGAAUUUCUUAUCAUAUACAUAUUUUUAUAUUUCUUCCUGCACAUGUGUACUUUUAUUACACACACACACAGACGUGCGCGCGCGUACACGCACACAGCACUCGCGCGCGCGCACACGCACACGCGUGCACACACACACACACACACACACACACACA